UUUGCAGCGUCAGUCGGGCGGCGAGGCCUCCCCGGCAGCUGCGCAGAGGAGCCGCGCUCGCGCGCUGCGCCCGAGGGGAGCCGGCGGGGCGGGCGGUGCAGGCCAAUGAGUUGAAGAGUCGCCGCCGCUCGCCCGUGAGCCGAGUUGGGGAUCGCCUUUUCCUUUCCCCCGCCUCCUUUCCCUUUCUUGCAGCGACAGCCGCUCCUCGCAACCUCGAGCCGCGUUGCCCCGCGGCCGCCCGCCCGCAUCAUGCCGUCCGUGCCGCUGCCGCCCAAGGAGAGCAACCUUUUCAAGCGGAUCCUGAAAUGCUAUGAACAAAAGCAGUACAAAAAUGGACUCAAGUUCUGCAAGAUGAUCCUUUCUAACCCCAAAUUUGCUGAACAUGGAGAGACGCUGGCUAUGAAAGGAUUGACUUUGAACUGUUUAGGGAAGAAGGAAGAAGCAUAUGAAUUUGUUCGUAAAGGACUCCGUAAUGAUGUAAAGAGUCACGUCUGUUGGCACGUCUAUGGUCUUUUGCAGCGUUCUGAUAAGAAAUAUGAUGAAGCCAUCAAGUGCUACCGGAAUGCACUCAAGUUAGAUAAGGAUAAUCUGCAGAUCCUGAGAGAUCUCUCACUGUUGCAGAUUCAAAUGAGGGAUUUAGAAGGAUAUAGAGAGACGAGAUACCAGUUACUUCAGCUGCGCCCCACACAACGAGCUUCCUGGAUCGGAUAUGCAAUUGCAUACCACUUACUUAAAGAUUAUGAUAUGGCCUUAAAACUACUUGAAGAGUUUAGAAAAACCCAACAGAUUCCUCCAAAUAAAAUAGAUUAUGAAUAUAGUGAACUGAUUUUAUAUCAAAAUCAAGUGAUGAGAGAGGCAGAUCUGUUUCAGGAGUCUCUGGAACAUAUAGAGACAUACGAAAAGCAAAUAUGUGAUAAACUAAUAGUAGAAGAAAUCAAAGGAGAAAUGCUAUUGAAGUUGGGAAGACUAAAAGAAGCUGGUGAAGUAUACAAAGAGUUAAUUGAGCGCAAUGCAGAAAACUGGUAUUAUUAUGAAGGCCUGGAAAAGUCCCUGCAACCUAGCACUUUAGAAGAGAGGCUUCAGAUUUAUGAAGAAGUUAGUAAAAGGCAUCCCAGAGCAGUUUCACCUAGAAGAUUACCUUUAAACUUUGUUUCAGGUGAAAAAUUUAGAGAACUAUUGGAUAAGUUCCUGAGGGUUAACUUCAGUAAAGGCUGCCCACCCUUGUUUACCACUUUGAAAUCUUUAUAUUACAAUCCAGAAAAGGUCUCUACAAUCCAAGAACUUGUUACUGGUUACGAAGCCUCUUUGAGAACAUGUGACCUUUUUGGUCCAUGUGAAAAUGGAGAGAGAGAGCCCCCAACGACGCUGCUCUGGGUUCGGUAUUUCCUGGCACAGCACUUUGACAAACUUGGCCAGUGUUCUUUGGCCUUGGAUUACAUUAAUGCUGCAAUUGCAAGCACUCCAACAUUAAUAGAACUAUUCUACUUAAAAGCAAAAAUUUACAAGCAUGUAGGUAACCUGAAGGAAGCUGCCAAAUGGAUGGAUGAAGCACAAUCUUUGGAUACUGCUGACAGAUUUAUCAAUUCUAAAUGUGCUAAAUACAUGCUGCGAGCCAAUAUGGUGAAGGAUGCAGAAGAGAUGUGUUCUAAAUUCACUAGGGAAGGGACUUCUGCUAUGGAAAACCUAAAUGAGAUGCAGUGUAUGUGGUUCCAGACUGAAUGUGCUGCAGCUUAUCAAAGGCUAGGGAAAUACGGUGAAGCCUUGAAAAAGUGUCACGAAGUAGAAAGGCAUUUUUUUGAGAUAACGGAUGAUCAAUUUGACUUCCACACAUACUGCAUGAGAAAGAUGACUCUUCGUGCCUAUGUAGACCUUUUGAGAUUAGAAGAUGUGCUCAGGAAACAUGCCUUCUACUUCAAAGCUGCUCGAUCAGCAAUUGAAAUCUACUUGAAGCUUCAUGAUAAUCCUCUUACCAAUGAAAGCAAAGAACAAGAAGUGAAUUCAGAAAAUCUCUCAGCCAAAGAACUGAAGAAGAUGCUUAGCAAGCAAAGAAGAGCACAGAAGAAAGCAAAACUUGAAGAGGAAAGAAAGCAUGCAGAAAGAGAGAGACAGCAAAAGAAUCAAAAGAAAAAGCGAGAUGAAGAGGAAGAGGAAACUAGUGGACCUAGGGAAGAACUAGUUCCUGAAAAACUGGAAAGGGCAGAAAAUCCAUUAGAAGAAGCCAUUAAAUUCCUUAUUCCACUUAAGAAUCUUAUUGGAGAUAACAUAGACACCCAUUUAUUAGCAUUUGAAAUAUACUUUAGAAAAGGAAAGUUUCUGUUAAUGUUACAGUCUGUCAAAAGAGCUUUUGCUAUCAACAGUAAUAAUCCAUGGCUUCAUGAGUGCUUGAUUAAAUUCUCUAAAGCUGUAUCUGACCUGUAUUUGAUUUAAGUUUCUGCUGGAAAGCAAAUGGAGUUAUAUAAUUCUUUGUUUAGCUUGUUGGAACAUCUUUAUAAACUGAGACUGCAAUUAAGGCAUAUUAGUCUUAAGUAAAAAAGAGUAGUAUCUUUAAUAAUCAUAAAUUUUGAAAUGAUAUAUUGCCCUACGAUUUAUUUUUCAGUGUACUCCCUUAUUUAAAUUGAAAUGUGUUGCUGGGAUGUAACUUUAAUUUCCUAUAUCUAGGAAUUGAAGUGCUUCGUUAUUGGGUGGUGACACUACCUGAGCCAGGCUUUAGGAUACCUUAAUACGAAAGUUCAGCCAUCAGUCUGUUAUUUCUGCUCCUUCAUCACAGGGCAUAUUCCAAAGCCUGUAGAAAACAAACUGAAAACUGAACAUUAACAUCUCCCUUAACAUUCUCUUUUGUAUAGAAGGAAAACCAGCUCAUCAAAAACAGUUCAACGUAAAAUUUCUUCUUGUUAUUAAUUAGCAGAUUACCUGAAUUUACUAUUAAAAAAAUUGAAGAAUUAAACCUAAACUGUUCGCUGUAAAUUUCUUCAUGUAAGAAUUUUUGUCUGGUCUUUUAUGCGACAUUUAUAUCAGCACCAAAUAUUUCAACCUAACAAAUGGUAGCAUCUGCAGGAAAGCCACCCAUGUAAUAUUAAUGUGACUUUUCUUUUUUUUCCUCAGAAAAAGUACAUUUCAAUUGCUGAAAUAAUCCGUUUAAAUGGGCUUAUUCUUAAAAAUUCAUUGCUGCUCACUGACGGUCAGUGAUCAUUUUGCAUGUUAUUCUUCUGAUACGUGCGCUUUUUCUAAAUGUGAAAUUGAAUUUUGGGUAGAGGAGCUGUGUGUAGAUAUAGAGAGACAAAAAGAUGCAAAUAGAACGAUAGAAGAGCUAUUUUUAAAGCAUUUCUUUAAUGUUUCAGUGACUGACUUUGAGGAACAAACACAUCAUUUUUAGACAUCCUGCUCAAUGCAGCUCUUCCGAGUGAGCUGCACUGUGACCCUUUCUUGCAUCUGCUCACUGCUUGUGCAUCUGACUGUCUGCAUACCUUCUCUGUACAGCACACAACCGUAUUUCUAGGCUGUGAGGAUGUGUGAAGGCUGAUGUAUUUCAUAAACCUGCCUGAAGUGAUUCGGAGCAUGAGAUUAAAGGCUGAGUGUCUCUGACUGGAGUAGCAUUUGACUUUCUUGGCUUCGUUAGAUGUAUGACUGAGGAUUUUACAUUUUGAAAAGAGUUUAAAAUUGUGCUGCUUUAAAUAGUCGAUCCAUCAGCUUACUUGUUCUGCCCGUGUCAUAUUUCUAGUGAAGAAAAAGCACAAGCCACUGAGAUCAUCAGAGGGCUGGAGCACCUCCCCUCUGAAGAAAUGUUGAGGGAAUUGGGCUUGUGUAGCUUGGAGAAGAGAGGGCUCCAGGGAGACCUCAUUGUGGCCUUCCAGUACUUGAAGGGAGCAUAGAAACAGAGAGAGAAUGGCUGUUUACAAGGGUGGAUAGUGAUAGGACAAGGGGGAAUGGUUUUAAAUUGAGACAGGAGAGGUUCAGGUUAGAUAUCAGGAGGAAGUUUUUCACACAGAGGGUGGUGAAGCACUGGAACAGGUUGUCCAAGGAGGUUGUGGAUGCCCCAUCCCUGGAGGCAUUCAAGGCCAGGCUGGAUGUGGCUCUGGGCAGCCUGGUCUGCUGGUUGGCAACCCUGCACAUAGCAGGGGGUUUGAAACCAGAUGAUCAUUGUGAUCCUUUUCAAACCCAGGCCAUUCUGUGAUUCCAUGAGAAUGUAGAUCUGUUUUUGUUGCUGCUGAUUGAGUUGAUCUGAGAUUUCCAGCUCUUCAGAGUUAAUCGAUGUUGACAUUUUUAUAUAUGCUAGAUAAAUGUUAACAAUGCUUUUUUCCUUAAAUAUAAUUCAGAAUUAAUUGAUUUAAGCACUGAAGCACAGGAAAAGCAACUUAUAGAUGUUGUUGGCCAUCUGCUUAGACCUUUCUGCUGAGAUAUAUUUGAGUACUUUUUCAGCAGCUUGAGUCCCAAUCUUAAAGCACUUUAAAGAAGCAGAAUGUGAGAAAUUAAGUGAUUUGAGCCUGCUGUUCCUUAUUUAGACUGUGGAGUACACUCCUUAUUCUUGUCCAUAGGGAGAAACCAGCUGGGAAAGUUAGAAGCAAAGGAGAAAUGGCUAUAUUAAUAUAUUAAUGUACAUAUGCAAAAAUCCCAGGAGUAUGAAAAAUAAUUAUGAAAAAUGAUAGUAGGUAGUAAUAGAUGUAGCCUAGGUUUGUAUUCAGUCCCUUCUUCAGUGUAUCUCAUCUCUGCACGAAUGCAGCCAAGCCUCCUGCAGUUUGCAUGCAGGCAGAAUUCUGUAAAAACAAAGCACCUGCUUGGUUUUUGCUGUCAGGGUUGACUUUAAUCUGCUUUGAUCAAAGUUAAGUCCUAAGUUUGCCUGUAACCAAAACUAUGGAUUGAAAUGUUACAUUUAUAAUUAGCUUUUGCGUUCAUAAGUGGAUUUAUUUCUUUUUCUUUUCCCAACUAAGAUAGUGUUUUGCAUGCAGAAAAUUAACCUGGAAUUUGCUUAAAAGUGAGCCUGCACUAGUGGAAAAUAUAUUUUGGAGAGGUAACAUUCAUCUUACCUAAUAAUGAGCUGGUCUUUUGUACUUUAAAAUGGAGAGAAGCAGACACCUGUAGUGUGAUGUCUAGCCUACUUGAAGAUCAUAGAAUCAUAGAAUCAAUCAUUCAGGUUGGAAAAGGUCUUAAAGAUCAUCGAGUCCAACCACAAUGAUAAAGACCACGAAGAUAAAGUACACUGACUGGUAAAAAGAGCCUUUUCUCCACUGUCUGCACAGGUGGGCAAGGAACUGGUGAGAUGAAUCCCCCAGUGGUGCCUGCUACCUGCGUCAGCCUAUAAGGAUAACAGAACGUUGUUAGAAAAGAUGCUUUCCUCAUAGAAGAUUUUUACUGUAUUAUAAAGUUGAGCUUGUAGUGUAAUUGCAGAUAGGACUCUGAAUUAUGAAGGAAGCAGCCUAAUGACUCACAAAACGAAACUCAUUAGAGGAAAAAGUCUUCUAGCCUACAAACAAUAGGGAGAAACCUAAUGAAGUGAUGACAGAAAAUGAAAUAACAUUUUCCAACUUCAUCUUGUUUGUAGAGUUCAUUCCAGAAGAGGAUCCAGCUGUACUCUUCCAUGUGUUUACCAAGCCUGUGCUGAAAGCACAGUUCAACUUUAGGCACUUUUUUUUUGUGUGUGUGUGUUAUACUGGAGAAAGAUUCCACACUUUUCCCAUGAUUAAAUCAUUCUGGGUUUGAAAGCCUGGAGGUGGUUUACUCUUGCACUGCAUUCAGCUGUGCUGGGACAGGUUUAUAAGGAGGACAAUGAACAUCCAAGUUCCCUGUUUUGGCCUUGUUAGCACAUACAGGUGAUCAGCUGUGUAUCAGUGCUGAAUCUCCACACUGUAUCUGCAUCCAGAUGUGUCACAUGUGCACUUUCUAUUACAUCCCAGGUUGCUUUUUAGUGACAUGUAAGAGCUUAAUUGCUGUCUUCAGAGGCAUUAGUGGGCCAAGACAUAGCUGUAUCACAGACUGCCUUCUGUCCUUAGAAAAAUAAUUUCAUUCCUGCAGCUGAUGGGAUACUGGGGAAAAGUGUUUGAAUUUCAAGCAGGUCUUUCUAGGCUUAUGAUGUGCAUGUUGUCCUAGUUCAAAGAGAAGACGGAUGCACAUUCCUUGUUGAGUCAUUAACAGUACAGCACUGGAUGUUUUAGGGCAAUCUAACGGCGUAUUGAUGUUUCAGAGCAAUUAAUCUGCUGCAAUUAAGACCCAAAUCAAACCUGUUGAAUGCAUUUAAACAAUGAAUGUUUUGAAGAAAUACGCCUCUGUGUGGACAUUUUAUGAAUGCUAAAUGAUUUGGCAAGAUCAGUGAAAACAAAAUCAGUCACACAGCUUCGAAAAAAUUACUCAUGAUCCUGUACAGCCUGUAUUUUAGACUUUCCAAACACUCUGGAUGUCAUUCUGUGGAAGAAGGAGGGCUGCUUUUUGACUGAGUUUAAUAUUUUGAGUGCUGGAAGGAGGGGAGCCAGCUCUUUGAAAGAGUAGAUAAUAGCAAGACAAGGGGAAAUGCUUUUAAGUUGAAGGAGGGAAGAUUUAGGUAGGAUGUCAGGAGGAAAUUCUUUACUAUGAGAGUGGUGAGGUGCUGGAACAGGCUGCCCAGAGAGGUUGUGGAUGCCCCGUCCCUGGAGGUGUUCAAGGCCAGGAUGGAUGGGGCCCUGGGCAGCCUGGUCUAGUAUUAAAUGUGGAGGUUGGUGGCCCUGCAUGUGUCAGGAUGGUUGGAGAUUUAUGAUCCUUGAGUUCCCUUCCAACCCUGGCCAUUCUGUGAUUCUGUGAUAGAACAAGAUUUCAUUGUUGCAAGUUAGAUUAUUUGUGGACAUUUUACCCCUAUGGCUGUUUAAAGCUGCAUUGUAGGAUGUUUUCUGUAGAAACUACAGUAAAGAUUUCUGUGUAUAGCUUACUUUAUAGUUCAGUACUUAAGAUCAAAAUUGGGGUGGUUUUCUGUAACAGGGGCUGUGCUUUUGGUAGCUACCGAGUCAGAGCUUUUCUCUCUUCUCUCCAGCUUCUCGCUGGAUCCCUCUGGUUUCCAUUCUAUAUACUUGGAAAAAAAGAAUCUAUGAAAGGAGUGAUACAGCCUUGGGCCAACAUUAUUUUGAUUGCACAUAGAUGUUAGACCAGGAAGUGUGUGGGACUGAAAAGGAAGAAAUGAGGUCAACACUACACAGAUGCAGAAUUAUCAUCUCACUGAGGUAAAUUUGAGAUUUGCACAUUUGUCUGGCCUUUGGCUACUGCUGCUGUCUGAUGAACUACACUUCUAAUUAUUUUUCAAGGACACCAGUAUUCUGCAGUUGACGUCCUUUUAUUUCAGGUUAGGUUGUCUCAUACUUUUCAUUAUAAAAGCUUUAUGUACUUUGUUAUUUUUAAGAAGAGUGUUCUAUUAACUCUGUUGUUUAUUGUAGGUCUUUGGAAUUCAGCAGAGAUAACCACAAAGCCAGAAAAGUACUUUUUCUUUGUUGCCUGAAAUCCUAUAGUGUUAUUUUAGCUCAGUUACAAAAGACUGAAAACAGAUUCUUUUUUCUCUUGUUGCUUUUGUUGCCUGCAGAAUUUUGGCAGCUUGUCAAAAUAAUGCCUGAGCACAAAUAUUCUUAUCAAAAUCUAGUCCCACACUGCUGUCAGCAGCACAUGGUACACUACAGGGAGGGAGAGAGGGAGGGAAUGGUAACACUGGAAAGAAGAAACUGCAAGAGGAAUAGGUAUACAAUAAGAAAUGUAGGAAUACAAUAAGAAAUGGCUAACAGAAUAUGUGCAGUGCUCAAGAUGCUCAGCAAGUGUGAGAGCUAGCUUUUGGGACUGAAGUCUGUAGGUCCCGUAACACCUGAUAGAUCAUCACAUGGAUUAAAUGGUCAAACUGGAUGAUCUCAGUGGUCUUUUCCAACUUUAAUGAUUCUGUGGUUGUGUGGUUUUACGAGUGUGGGGAAUGAAGCUGGAGAUAACAAGGAAGGUAGGCUGUUCUUGAAAGAGAACUGACAUACAACUGACUCUGUAUGUAAGUCUUACUUCCUCCUUGACUUUAAAGGAUGACUUACGGUUAUUUUGGGAUGGAUGGCAUCUAAAACUGCAAAUCAUCUGGUUUUAGAUGCUGUAAUGGAAGAACUGGGUUCUUACCACUUCUCCUGAGGUCUGUGGAAACAUUAAAUGCUAAAUACAUCUUUGAUCAACAGAAAUGAGCAGUCUGAAGUGACUGGAGACAAGUUUUGAAGUUCUGCCCUCAGCUUUAUCAGUGAUUUACUCUCUGUAAUUAUAAAAGGAGAAGAGUAGCAUAUUCUUGAUCCAUAGGGCAGAUAAGAAGAUAACCUACACUGAUUGAAUAGCAUGAUGGUGAGAAGUGUCUUACUGAAAUUAACAACUCUGUAUCCAAUAUAAAGACUGGGUAGCAUUGCAUCUCCAGAUGAUGAGGACAAAAUACAACAUUUUCUUCCUUUUUUGAACAUCUUGGAUGUUGCUCAGUGACUUGAGUGAGGCUCCAGUGGGAAGAAAUAGCAUGUCACUUUGUAAUUACAGGACUGUAAAUGUAUACAUAUGUUCUUCACAUAUCUAAAUGACGACGGCUGAGCCAAAUUAAUCUGAAUUUAGUCAGCUUCUCAGUGUUCAUCUUUGUCAUGUAAAAAGGUUUUAAUAAGCGUAAUGUGAUCAUACUUUUGAAAUAAAGAUAGAGCCUGUAUAAAUACCUGUUUCUUUGUUUCUCUUCUUUCCAGUGACUGUAAAAUGCUUCUGUGGCUCCAAAUAGUAACAUUUGAGUUGAUAAUGAUGAUUGUAUAAUUAGGGUUUUUAAUUUCCUGUAUGAAAAAUGGGAGUGGUUUUUAUUUUGCUUGUUGCUGUUUUAUGUAAAUAGCAAAUGAAGUAUAAUUAGAUGUCUCUGAUGGCCUGUCUUAUUCCAGGCAGUAUUGGUUUUGUAUAAAUUGGUUUUAUAUAAACCAAACAAAGGUUUGGUUUUGUAUAAAUUCUAGAUAGAAGUGGAAAUUUUGCAGGUUGCAAAGGGAUCUUAUGAGACUUUCUCUCAGGCUUCUUUAGACUAAAACUGUUUACCAAGAAAUUCUAAUAAUAAUUUUAGUAGGAAAAAAAAUCUAUUUAUAGCUCAGCUCUCUGUUUGUACUCCUGUGGUUUUUGUUGUUAUGUUCCUAGAGUGCUGUAGGAACAAAAGAAAGUACAUUUACUAAAGUAUUCCUUAUACAAGCUUAUUAAUGUGCUACAUACAAUAUGGGGAAUGUUCUUGUUUUGAGAACUUGACAUUACCUGUUCUGAAGCAAGAAUGCAGUAGAAAAAAAAAGCACUAUCUGUUGCUAGCUUCCAGACACAAAUUCAUGGCUUAGCUACUCUUAUUUUUGUUGAGAAUGUGACUAGCAUCAUAAGUUUAAUAUUAGUAUUUAGUAUUACAAUAGUUAGAUUAGCGUUAUUUAUUAAUUAAUAUUGGUAUUUAAUAUCAGAAUACACAUUAUCCGAGCAGCUAGGAAUCAAGCUAGGAAAGCUGAAGCCCUGAUAGAAUUUAAUCUGGAUAAGGACAAUGAGAGGGACUUCUACAGGUACCUCAGUGACAAAAGGAAGUCUGGGGAAAAUGAUGGGCUCUCCAUAUGGAGAAAGAAGACCAGGUUAUGUGGGACAGCGAAAAGGACAAGGUCUCUGCCAGCAAAACUGCCCUUCAGAAAUCCCAGGUCCCAGAGGCCAGGCUGAAAGUCUGGAACAAGGAAGAAAUACCUUUUGGUGGAAGAGGACCAAGUCAGGGAAUACUGGAGCAAAGUGGACAUUCUCAAUCCAUGGACUGUGAUGGGAUGCAAUCAUGAUAAUGCUGAGGGAGGUGCCUACAGACUAGGGGAAAGCAAAUGUUGCUUCUAUCUUCAAUAAGUGAAAGAAAGGGGACUAGAGGAACUACAGGCCAGUCAGCCUCUUCUCAGUCUCUGGGAAGAUGAUGGAGCAGCUAAUUCUAGAAACGAUAUCGAGGCAUAUUAAGGAGAAGAAAACCAUCAGGAGCAGUCAGCAUGAAUUUGUCAUGGGAAAGUCAUUCCUGACCUAACCCAGUAAUCAUCUGUAAUAAAAUUCCCAGCCUGGAUGAGUGAAGAGCAGUGAAUAUUAUCUUCCUGGACUUCAGUAAGAUUUCUGACACUAUCCUCCAUAAGAUCUUCAUAGAGAAGCUGUUGAAAUACGGGUUGGAUGAGGAGGCAGUGAGGCUGAUGAAAACUGUCUGAAUGGCUGGACCCAGGGGUCAGUGUUUCAGCAUCGGAUUGGAGGCCACUAAAGAGUGGAGUAUAAUUGGAUCUAGUCUUGUUUAAUGUCUUCAUUAACGAUGGAGUGCACCCUCAGGAGAUUCAUGGAUGACAUGAAAAUGGGGGGAGUGAGUGACUCACCAAAGGGUUGCGCUGCCAUCUCUUUUUCUCAAUACUCAGUUCAAUCUUAGAAAAUAAGUCUUACCCUGGACAAGAUAAAAUAAUUAUAUGGAAGAGAUGUUAAAAUAAUGCUCCAGUUUCAGUUAGUAUCUGCUCUUACAGUGAAAUCUCCAUGUGCGGGAUGUUGCACUGUAAAGGAGCAUUCCCCCAGUGUGUGAAGCUGUAUAUGGAUGUCCAAACCCAUUUGGCUGUUCAAUCACCAUUUAUUGUUUGAUGAGACCAAAUUUAUAUAUCAACGAUUUGGUAACUUGUUGUACAAGAAGAAUGCUCCUAAAGCCUGAAGAUGCCAUGGCAAAAGGAUAUUUUCCUUAGGUCUCUUGAAUUCCCUGGUGAUUUUUAUUUUAUAAAAGAAGUAGUGUUAAAAGGAUAAAUGAAUUUUGAUCUGUUUUAAAAUCUGAUUUGAUUCUUUAGAUAUGCCCUUAUCUAUGGCACCUUAAAUGAACAUUUGAAGAGUUAAUCACUGUAAGAAGUGAGACAGCAUUUAAUGUCUUUGCCCUUAGUGGUUUUCUUCUAAUGCUUUUCCAUCUGUGCAGCCUCCAGACUCUUGAUUUUCUUGACGGAGUUAGAACUUUCUUUCAGUGGACGUUUGGGCACUGAAGGACAGUUGGCAAACUACGGAGUGUAAAAGUGAUAAAGAAUUUAAAAAAAAAAAAAAAAAGAAGAAAUAUAAGUUUUGAAUCUUUCAGUUUGGUAGCCAAAAGAGCAGCUGGUUCUUUGAGAUGGAACUUUUGAUGACAUGAACACAGAGCCAGAGAAAAUGAACUACGUUAAUAUGUCGUGGGUAACACUGGUGUCCUUUUAUUCAGUAAUAUUACAUGUUUUCAUUCUUUCCUUAACAACCUGAAUCCUUGUGUAGUCUAUAUCAGAAAAUUAAACUAACUGUAGCCCUUGUUCAAAUCACUAAACUCUUAAAAAAAAAAAAAAAAAAAAAGUAAAGAGAGAAUUUAUUUCCAAUUAGAUCUAGAAGGUCUGUUCCAGAAUUGAAAGGAUAAUUUGUUUUAAAAUCAGUUGUAUUAUAGCUUUGGUUAUCAGCUGUAAAUAAGAGAAGGUAUUGAAGAAAACAGCAUAAAUCACAGACAAUUCAUCACAUUUUGUUGGUGUAACACAGUGUCUCUGCAUUUUAACAAUCAGCUGUUCAUAGCAGGGGAACAAGAUCAUGUCAUCUCUUCAGUUCCUUCUUUUAAUGCUUAGUAUCCUUAAAUUUGCUUGCAAACUACAGGACCAGCUUGUAUUUUAUGCCAAUAUGUAGAACGAUAGCCUAUAUUCUAUUUUGCUUACUAUUAUUCUAUUUGUGUACUUAUGCUUACUAUUAACUGCAAUGUUUAAUUGUAAAAUCUAUUCAAAUGUAUGUUCAUACUUGCUAUUA